AUGGUGGGGGUGACAGCAAUGAGGGCAUGGAUUGAGCCCGUGGUUGCAAGUUCCCAAGUGGCCAGCGCCUUCUAUGACACAGCGCUGCUGCUAGUGGUGAAGAACUACUACAACCAGACCAACGCCACUGCUCCAUCCCAUGCGCUGGAAGAUGCUCAGCAGAAGGCUGUCUCUAAUUUUUAUAUCAUCUACAACCUAGUCCUAGGCCUGAGCCCACUGGUGUCAGCCUACAGUUUGUCCAAGCUGGGGGACAGGCUGCAUCGGAAGAUCCCUAUCUGCUUCCCUCUUCUUGGCUACUUGGGCUCCAAAACUCUCCUGCUUCUCUUGAUCCUGCUGGGCUGGCCUAUCGAGGUGAUGUACGGGGCUGCUGCCCUCAAUGGCCUGACAGGCGGUUUCACCACGCUCUGGGCAGGCAUCAUGGCUCUGGGAUCCCUGGGGUCCUCCGAAAGCAGGAGGUCUCUGCGGCUCAUUGUUAUCGAGCUGGUGUAUGGCCUAGCUGGCUUUCUGGGAAGCGUGGCAUCUGGCUACCUCUUUGUUGGCUUCAGUGACUGCUAUCAAGAGGGUAGUGUGCUGGUGGGCUGCAGCAUCGCUUGCUAUGCUUUCUGCCUCCUCUACAGCAUUUUUGUCCUGACAGUCCCCAAGUCAGCAGCUUCCUGCCCCACCAAAGCCAACAGUGUAAAGGAGGUGGGCAGCCAGCUACCAGUCCACACAGGAGCAGCAGCAGCAGGGAGUUCCCAACCUUCAGAGAGAAGCAGCUCCACUCCAGUGUCCCCCUCAAAGCUUACCAUCAUCACACUGUUUGUGGCAGCAAUCCUCUAUGACCUCGCUGUGGUUGGUGCAAUGAACGUACUCCCACUCUUCUUGCUCAGGGAGCCUUUAAGUUGGAAUGCUGUGGAGAUCGGCUACGGCAAUGCUGCUGGGUAUGUAAUCUUCAUCACCAGCUUCCUAGGGGUAUUUGUAUUCUCCAAACACCUGAGGGACAUUACCAUGAUCAUGAUUGGAGUGGCAUCCUUCAGUGCUGGCAUCCUUAUCAUGGCUUUUGUGCAGUGGACGUUCCUGUUCUACAUUGCACGGGCAGUAAUGCUCUUUGCCCUCAUCCCCUUACCAACCAUCAGGUCCAUGUUAUCCAAGCAUGUCGAAGGAUCAUCCUAUGGUAAGGUGUUUGUCCUGCUGCAGUUGUCUUUAGUCACCACAGGAGUAGUGACAUCUACAAUCUAUAACAAGAUCUAUCAAAACACAAUGAACUGGUACAGUGGCUUCUGUUUCAUUUUGUCUUUUCUAGUCGGCUGCCUGAGUCUCCUCCCUUUAAGCAUCGUGGCUAUCAAACAACGUUCAACCACUGGGUCCCUACAGAUUCUGAGUGAGUGACAGAGGCUGUACCAGCUAAAGCAUCUUUUUCUCUUUAUCAGCUCUGAGCUACCAAUGUGGAAGGUUUGCCAAACAUCAAGCCCCAGAUAACUGCCUUACAGGAAGCAGCUCAUUUGUGUUUUCAGCCUCUCAACCACUGAGCAGAUCCAGGACUAAAAAGUUUGCCCUAUUAUUUCUGCAGUACAUCAUCUUGCAGAGUACAGGCAUUGGCUACUGCAUAUCAUCAGUCUUCAGAGCAGUCUUCCAGCAACCUGCUAGGCUGGUUAGCAAUAGUGCAGAGGGACAAGAACAGGGUAGAAAUGAAAACAGCCUAUCUAGAUACAUCAUUCAACAUGAAAGGGGAAAGCAGAGGAAGAGGUAGAAA